AUGAAUACGACGGCUACGAACUCGACUUUGACGACUUCGGGAUACAAUAUCUCCGCUGACCACCUGCACUCGACUUUGGGAGCAGCCUUCUUCGGAUUUUCUGCCGGAGCCAUAUUGUUUGGAAUUACUAUCAGACAGGCGUAUCAGUACUACGCAACAUCUGGUACUCAGGAUGGAAUCCAGCGGAAAUUGAUUGUACGCAUGCCUCUGUGUUCGCUCUGUCUGAUAUCCGCGUCUGCUAACGUCGGUGCUGUGAUUGUCAGAUUGCACUUACAUGGCAAGUCGUCUUUUGCAUCUGAAGCUGCGUCUGCGUCUGAUAAGACUGUUUCUUCAAGUCUACUGGACACACUUCAUUUCGUAUUCUCAAUGUAUCUGGUGUAUAACCUGAUACUUCAAUUUGUGGGCUUUGCUGGAAGUGCUUCGAAAGUCUUAUGCCCCCUUCACCCCCGCGCCCCGCGCACUCUCCGGCGUGCCUUCGGUAUUCUUCAUCGUCCGGCCUACGUUGGGCAUAAGCGACUAAAACUGACGAACACGUUCCUCACCCUGUCCAUUCCAUCUCAUCAGCUACUACCUCUCGCAGAUAUGGCGCCCUGUGGCGAUCAACAGACCAUCCAGCAGAUAUCGAGUUUCAGCUCUGGAUUCGAGUAUGUCGUAUACCUCGGAUUCGGCGCAACGGCUUUCAUCGACUGUGCAAUCGCCGCCGCCAUGUGUCUGAUACUGCACAAAAGCUCUGCGGGCGUCGGUGAGAGGAUUGACCACAAGCUUCGCCGCGAUUUUAUGCAUAAGUCUGGCAAGUACCACAUCCACAUUCUACAUCUUGACAAGCGAACGUUCGUCGCUCAACCCGAUACACUGCUCUACCUAGGCAUGGAAUUCUCCGUCACACGACUAUAUGCCAACUCGGUUUUAGCCAUGUUCAAUGCGCGCCGUAGAAACAAUGAAAGGAUGAACAAAACCAUCGAACUCAAAUUCCCGAGCGCUGUCUUAUUCGGAGAACCAGGAACAAUGUCCCACACGGAAUCUCUCAUUUCCGAUCCCUUCUCACCUGGACAGGAGACAAAAUACUCAAAGUGUAAUCAGCGCUGUCAUGAUGAAGAUUACUCCGAUUUGAAAGGUCAUCAUGAAAAACGCAUCAGUGUAUCUUCGAGAGGCUAUACUGUGUAG